AUGCAAAAAAGCCUUUAUGCACCUAUCCACGGUGUCGUUUGCGUGGGACUAUGCGUUUUCGGAAUCUUAACAAAUAUCGUGCAUGUCAUAGUGCUAUCACGACCUACUAUGAGGAACUCUGCCGUUAAUUGUGUCCUCACAGCGGUUGCCAUAUGCGAUAUUGGUACAAUGGCGUCCUACCUAAUCUAUAUAGUUCAUUUCGUCGUAAGAAGACGAACGACAUGCAGCCCCACAUUAACCCAUGGCUGGAUGCUUUUCCUUCUCUGGCACGUUGCACUUAGCAUAAACUUGCAUACUACUUCAUUAUGGUUGGCAGUGGCGAUGGCUUUCAUUCGACGAAUGACUUUAAGGGUUGCAAGACUCAAUAGCACGUGGCAACGUCCAAAGUUCGCAUGGAAACUUUGCAUUGUGAUCUACGUAUGCGUGUUUAUCAUGUGCAUACCAAACGUAUUCGUCCAUGAGAUCUCUCUUUACCAUGAAGGGGUUUGGCAGCCAUCUCCCCGAUGCGUAGCACUUUAUCCUUCAAACUACUCGGAGCCAAUUUAUACAUUUACUGUUAGCAAACAAGCAACGGCAAAUAAUUGUAGUCUCUUCAAAAUGAACAUUUGGAUGAUUGGGAUUGUUUUUAAGGUCAUUCCAUGCAUUUUGCUCAUGAUCCUUAGUUUUGGUCUCGUAAAUAAGAUACGACAGGCGGAGCAACAUCGUAGGAAACUCACCAACGUGAGCCUCAACAAUACCAGUGCAGUCGACGCCACCAAUUACACGAAGAAGAAAUCUUACAAAACAGACAGGACUACAACCAUGUUGGUAGUUAUACUGGCCGUUUUUCUGAUCACAGAAUUGCCUCAGGGAGUCAUUGCAAUUCUCUGCGCCAUCUACACUGCAGAUGUCCACAAGUACCUGUAUUUUCAUUUGGGUGACAUCUUGGAUCUGCUCUCACUCCUUAACUCAUCUGUGAAUUUUGUGCUGUACUGUGUUAUGUCUUCUCGCUACCGGCAAACAUUCUGGAUGGUGGUUCUUCCCGCAAAAGCGCACUCAUCAUUUAUAACCAAACAACAAACACACACUCAAAGCAAUUUCAAUUUCACUCAACUCCCUAUUCAGAGGAAGAACAGCAAUAAAAUAAGGAACAAGGAGUACGCCCCAUUGGCGACCGAAGCCGAAGAACAGCGAGACGAAUGCAUGAGUGCAGGCUCAGACGACAGCCGAGAACGGGUAGAACAGCUUUAA